GUGUGUUUUGACAAAAAGUACCUUGCAUUGUGUACAAAUACCUGCAAGCUACACUGUUUCUAGCUGCACAACAUUUCCUCGCCCCUGGUAAUGUCAAUGCGAUUCCUUGUUUUGAUUUUAUGCUGAGGCAUUUUAUUAUUUAAUGUUUGCCUUUUAAUUCGCGAUGGGCUAUCACUGUACAAACUAAUACAAGUUAUGGCUCAAAUCACGACAAAAAUAGAGGGAUGCGGAAAUAAUUGCCUAACCUGUCUUCAAGAUCCGGGACCCCACUUUGCGACGGUUCAACAUGAGAGUGACCAAACGAUAGCAGAGGCUCUGAGAAGACAUUUCUGGUUCAGCGAAACAGAAAUCAUGAUUGCGAUAAUGUGCUAUCCUUGCCGAGACAAUCUAAGUAACUUCCAUCGAUUUUAUUCUUCGGUAGAAGAAGUGCACAAAAGCCGCGUCUUGAGACCAGAAUUAGUUCAAAUAAAGUGCGAACCGGAAGAAAGUCAAAUUGAGUAUGUGAACAACUACGAAGUGACUCGCAUUCCAACGCCGGAUUUAGCAGAGAUAAAGUGUGAGGAGAAUCAAAUUGAACCGCAAGACGAUGAUAGCUCGACAACGUUUGAAAACGCAACUACUCCGACUGAUGACAAUGAUGAAUCGAUGGUGGAAAGGGAAAACGACAUAUGGGACGAACAGGAGCAGCAACAGGAGCAUAGCUCCAUGCAGUUGUCGAGGAAGGAAGAAUAUUUAAAACAGGAUGAAUUCAUUAGAUCGCAUGUCAAAUACAUCUGCCAGCUUUGUGGCCAAGAUAAUCCAACUUUUACAUCGUUCCUAAAGCAUUCGUUGGAAGUUCACGAAACGAAAUCGGCAUAUGUGGCAUGCUGCGGGAAGAAGUAUUACCACAAGGUUCGCUUGUAUCACCAUGUGCAACUUGUCAAUGAACCGGACAUGUUCAGAUGCAAUGAAUGUCACAUCAAUUUCAGCGAUUCAGAAGGGAAAAAACGGCAUUUAAAGAAGUAUCACCCGACGGGAGAAGGACAAAACUUUCAAUGCAGUCACUGUCCUAGAAGCUUCUCCGUCGAGUAUAAAUAUAAUAUGCACCUUCAAGACCAUACCGAUUCGGAUGAAAAAAGUUGGAAAUGUGAAUUCUGUGGAAAAAUUUACAAGGAUCGUUAUAUAUUGAGUAGUCACAUCAAACAAAAACACACCGAAGCCACCAAACAUGUCUGCAGUGUUUGCGGCAAGGGUUUUCAUCGCAAAACACUGUUCCUGCGGCACAAGCUGGAACAUGAGAACCCUUCGGAGCUGAAAAUCCAGUGUCAGGUUUGUAUGCGAUGGUGGAAAAAUCGGGACAGCUGGCGCCGGCAUAUGCGUCAACAUCUGGGAACAGAAGCAACGUGCGAUGUCUGUGGCCACGUUUCUCCCCAUCAACACGCACUGACUGCCCACAAACGAAUACAUCACAGUGGGAAAAAGCCAGAAUUUGCUUGCAGCUAUUGUCCGAAAACAUUCCCGAGACCCAUUAGGCUGAAGGAACACGUGGCAGCCCGGCAUACGGGGACUCCCCUGUACAAGUGUCCGUUCUGCGAGUGGACCGUAAGCUCGAGCAAUGGUAUGACCUCACACAAGAAGACAAAACAUCCGACCGAGUGGUUGGAGGAGCAAAACCGGAAGUACUAUACCAAAUGAUUAUGUUACUAUAAUAUUAUUAUGUAAAUAUAACCCUGAAACAUAAAAGAAG